AAUUCAGAAUACGGAACCUGAUUAAUCCAUCUCCUCAAACAACGCCGUACUUUCGAUGUCUUGGACAAAUAACAUUUGUUUUUGGUACUGUAGAUAUUGUUACGCAACAACUGGAGAUUUAUCACGUAAAGAAUCAGUCAUAUCUUUUGGAAUGUCUAUCGCCAUUUUCGCUUUGUUUUGAACACGUGUCUAACGUCGGUGUAAGUUACUACAGUGACGAGUCUGUUUUCUACAACAAACUUUCAUAAGAUUUACCUUCUGUCUAUUGAUUCGCUGAAACCCAUGUCUAUUGUUAGUCUGCCUAACAUUUUUAAUGACAUUGAUUAUGUAAUCUGGUUUUCCGUUGAUCCGAUUUUAAAUCGUGUGACGUGAUCAAUGUUCAAUGUUCAUACUGUCAAAUAUUUCAUUCAGACGGCUGACUCUUAACUGAACUUCAUGAGUUAUGGGGGAAUCAAGGAAUUCGAAUGGAAAUCAUGUCGCUUAUUACGAUAAUCAAGAAUCAGCUCAUGAUUGGGAGGCAGAGAAGAGGAAGCGUAAAGAUUUCUACGAUGAUGGUACCAUGACAUUCUUCUGGCGAACCCAUACUAUCAUUACCCUCAUCGUGUUUUCUUUAUGUCUUGGUUACGUUGCUUUUUAUGAGAAUAUUAGUUCCAAUCCAGAUUUUAAUACAAAAAGGGGAGUUGCAGCUGUGAUAAUAGCUUUUGUACUCUUCGGUGUCACACACGUUCCUGAUGGGCCGUUUACUAGGCCUCAUCCUGCAUUAUGGAGGUUUAUGCUAUGUCUGAGUAUCGUGUACGAGCUAUUUUUAGUUUUUAUACUAUUUCAGACGCCUAGCGAUGCAAGAAAAUUGCUCAAACACAUUGACGAUGACCUUGGAAAGCCACUACCUGAAAAAAGUUAUGGCGGUAAUUGUUUAAUAUAUGAUAGGAAUAAUACAGAAGAUCCUUGGCAUAAUGUUUGGGAUAAAAUGGAUGGGUUUGUUGUAAUCCAUUUCGUAGGGUGGUGGUUGAAGACGCUCAUUUUAAGAGAUUAUUGGCUUUGCAUGGUAAUUAGUAUUAUGUUCGAAGUCCUGGAAUAUACUUUUGAACAUCAACUACCUAAUUUUAGCGAAUGUUGGUGGGAUCAUUGGAUUAUGGAUGCUCUAGUUUGUAACGGUCUAGGCAUUUAUCUUGGCAUGAAAACACUUAACUAUUUAAGCAUGAAAAGAUAUCACUGGCGUGGCAUGUGGAAUAUCCCAACUUAUAGAGGUAAAAUUACUCGAGUCUUGAAACAGUUUACCCCCUACUUCUGGACGGACUUUCAAUGGAAACCAACGUCGAGCUUCAAGAGAUGGAUCGCCACUCUCGGUAUAAUAGGCAUGGUUUUAUUAGCUGAAAUGAACACUUUUUAUUUAAAAUUUGUAUUGUGGGUGCCACCCCCUCACUUUCUUUGCCUCGGGAGAUUGGCUUUACUACUUUUCUGGGGUGCUGCUGCUAUGAGGGAAACGUUUCAAUAUUUAGACGAUCGAGGCUGUAAAAAAUUUGGUACACAGUCCUGGCUGAUCGCCGCAAUUAUCAUAACAGAACUGCUUAUAACUAUAAAAUUCGAUUCGGAAACAAUAACUAAGCCACUGCCGAGCCAUAUCAUUUACGUUUGGACUAUCGGAUUUUUUCUUAUCGUUUUGUGGACGAUAUGGCAUUUUUAUCUGCAGGCUAUAAAGAUGAUGCAGUAUCGAGAACCCUCAAUGUACGGUGGUAGAAAUUCGCAGAAGAGUCAUGAGGAAGAAUUAACUCCAAGGAAGAAUGCUUUCUAUGAUCCUGGAGAUCCAGAUGAAGUCGACACCGGAAUGAGGAAUAUUGUUUAUGAAAAUGAUAGGGUUCGAAACGAUCUUCUAGAUGAAAUUUGUAAAGAUAUUGGUAUUAAAGAUUCUAUGGAUUUGGACUUUUUGGAUAUAUCUCACAAUACUAAAACAACGUCAACGGCUAAUCCCCACAUAAAUAAAGGGAAUAAUACCGGAUCUAAGGAAGAUGAUCUUGAUGAAAUAAUCCCAUUCGGCGUUAAUGAUUGUGGAGAGGAACCACCCAGAGCACCCAUAAAAAAUAAAAUACUUCAUAAGCCGAAUCAUGAAUAUAGUCCAUAUGCACGAACUACUCCAAAUACAACCUCGUAUCAGAAUUAUUCUUCGGCUAUGCCUCCUCCUACAACAGUUCAACAGCAGUUUAUGCAAAAGCUUAUAUGCGACGAUUCACCGGCUUUUCGUUCACAUCCACUUUUUCCACUCCUUCGAGAUUUGGUAUUAGCUGAUAUGAACUUUUCUCUACCCUCCUUUCCCAGACAGCUAAUUGCUAAUUUGCCUGGCGAUUUCGAACGAUUAUUAAGAAAUUUUGUUAUGCGUAAUCGAACAUCAGAGAGCAGUGGAAACGCUAGCAUUGAUAAAGUUCUAACGGAUGCUUUAAGAUACGCUCACCACUCAUUAAUUUCUAAAAUUCGAUCAAGAGGCCAGCAACCAAUGCAACUGCCUCUUCCUCAACCAUCUAUGCCAACUCCUCAAAGGCCACCUAAUCCUAAUCCUGUACAGCCUCCCACUCAUUGUCAAAUGGCCGCUCCUUCUCCCUGCCAAGGGGGAGUACCGUCAACUAAUCCAUAUGCGGAAACAAAUUACCCUCUUCCACAACCACCCCAAAUGCCUCAGAUGCCCCAAAUACCAGCAAACCCAGGAUCUCCCUCUAUGCAUUCUAUGCCUGGCUCACCACUUACUUUACCGGCUUCGCCAUUGCCUCCAUCACAUCGCCCUAGGUACAACGAUCCAUACGUAUCUUAUGAUAUGUAUGGCAACGUCGACUAUGGUAUGAAUAGUGAUAUGCCACCAAAACAGCCAGGUAAAAAAGCUGUACUUCCAAAAGAGUCGGUGGCAUUUAUGCUAAAUUGGUUGAGAGAACAUCAAGAUAACCCAUAUCCAAACGAUGACGAAAAAGAGAUGCUUAUACAAAAAACGAAAUUAACAAUCAAUCAAAUUAAUUACUGGUUUACGAACGCACGAAGGCGUAUUUUACCUAAAUGGAAUUCUCAGAAAAAAGAGCAAGAACUGAUGAAAGAUGAAAAAAAAGCUAACUCAGCAAUUCCAGGUCAAAGAUCGGAUCUAAUUAAAAGUGAAGUGGAGACGAAUUAA